AUGUCUGGUGUUACAACAGCUCGUUCGAACAAUUCGGAGAAGAAGAAGAACAAACCGUUGGAAAGUGUUCUACUUGCUGAACACGAGCUUUUGAAAGAGAAGUAUGAGACUAUGACGAGAGAGCACGAAACCUUAAUCAAAACCCUCGAGCUUAUAGAGAAAAAGCAUGGAUUCACUCUAGAGGAUCUGGAGAAGAAGCAGAGAGAGUCAGUGGUGGCUAAGGAAGAGGUUGAAAAGUGGGUGAAGAUAUUUGGCCAACUUCAGAAGAAGCUUGAGAAGGUCGAAAAGGAUAUCGAAGACAUGAAGUCCUUUGAUGAAACCGAGAUGAACGGUGUGGAUUCAGGUAAUGCAGCACCUGCAGAGAAUCUCAAUGUGAACCGCAAGACUGUAUCAAUUGGGGGUGUGAUAGAGAUCAGUGAUGACGAUGAAGAAAACCAAAGUGGAAGCAAUAGAGGACACUCUAACAAAGAGUAUUACUUUACUCUGUGA